UGCAGGUACUCUAGCGCUGUCGUAAAACGAGAGUCGGGAGCGAGUCCGCUAUCAUUAGAGCGAUGCCAGGGGUAACCAAGUACAAUUUAGUGGAUGACGUGCACGAUUUAAGGAUCCCCAUGCACAACGAGGAGGUGUUUAAGCAUGGGGUCUGCUUCGAAGCUAAGUACAUUGGCAGUUUGGAGGUGGGUCGCCCCGGCAGCCGAAUGGAGAUAGUCGCUGCCAUGAGGAGAAUAAGAUAUGAAUUCAAACUGAAGAAUAUCAAGAAAAAGAAGGUCAACAUUGUCAUAUCCACUGAUUGUAUCAAAGUGAUUUUGCGCAGAAAGAAAAAGAGAAAAGGCUGGUCCUGGGAUGAGAAUGCUACCUUGGUUACACAGGACCCCAUCUACAGGAUCUUCUAUGUCUCACAUGAUGCCCAGGACUUGAAGAUCUUCAGUUACAUAGCGAGAGAUGGACAGAGCAACAUUUUCCGCUGCAACGUGUUCAAGUCAAAAAGAAAAUCUCAGGCCAUGAGGAUCGUGCGGACGGUGGGUCAGGCGUUUGAUGUGUGUCACCAGCUGACCCUGCAGCAGAAAAGCGACGACCAGGAGGAUGAGGAGGGGAAGGCGGAGGAAUCGGAGGCAGUGCCAGCAAAGAAGAGGUUUGCAUUGUCAGAGGAGGCUGACCUUGAAGCCACUACAGAGGAGAGCAUUGAGUGUGUCUCUUCAUCAGACCUGGAGAAGAGCAAAAAGGACGAGGCCCUUGGUAACGAUGGCAAGGUGUCCGAUGACCCAUCUCUCCUGCUAAGCUCCCCCAUCAUUGGAGCCUCUGUGUCGGGUCAGUCAGUGGCAGAGGCUCCCUGCUCUGAAGAGCACCAGGUCCAGCUCCUUCAGAAACAACUGCAGCAGCAGGAACAACAGGCUCUGGCAGCUUCAGCACAGGUCCAUGUGCUCCAGGACCAGCUGACGGUGGAAGUGUGUGCGCGAACUGAAGCCCAGGCCAGAGUGCAGAGGUUGCUGCAGCAGAACACCGACCUGCUGCAACACAUUUCCCUGCUGGUCAAACAGAUCCAGGAACUGGAGCUCAAGGCUGCUGGCCAGUUAACGUCUAUGGGCUCCCAGGACAGUCUUCUGGAGAUAACUUUCCGAGCCAAGCCACCUAGCGUGCUUCGUGAACCGCUCACCUCUUCUUCAUCUACAGGCACUUUAGCAGCUCAGUCCCUGCUCCAGAUUAGUGACAGUGCCUGGGUCUCGGCCCUACCUGGGCCCUGCUCUCAAGGCACCACAGGCACCGACACAAGCCCUCUGGGGCUUGGCGGCAGUGGAGUUCGGCUGGAGUGCUUUCGCUUCUCCUCCAGGGGGCCGGACCGCCAAGAGCAAGGCCAGGACACAGGGGAGACACCCAGCGAUGGAGUCCCAGAUGAAAGCUCGGUGCUCGGGGAACAGGUCCUGGGAGCCCUGGAGCUGCUCCGGUUUAGGGAGUCAGGGAUCGGAUCAGAGUAUGAAUCGAACACAGACGAGAGUGAUGACCGGGACAGCUGGGGGCAGGGGGAGGGACUGGGUGCUGACGGUGCCGCUCGACUUUUUAACGUGCUGAAUGCAGAGAGUCUGUCGGACUGCUUAGGGGAUGAGAUGGCUGUGUAGUGGUGCUCCUAAAGCUGCACAAGGCAACAUUGCACUU